AGGGGGCGCUGCCGCCCCGCCCCGAGCCAAGAUGGCGGCGGCCGCGCGCGCGCUGCGGGUCCUUCCCCGAGCCCUGCAUGUCCCCAGUGCCACCCGGCAGCUCCACACAACCCCUGCCUGCCUCAAGACGCGGGCGGCGCGGGUGCGCGCGGGCAAAGGGGACAAGAUGGUGACGUACGAGCAGGCGCACGCCCCGCACUACAUCGGGCACCGCAAGGGCUGGCUGUCCCUGCACACCGGGAACCUGUGUGGCGAGGCUGGCAGUGCCCAGCGGGCAGUGGAGGACGCUUUCCUGCGGCGGUUCCUGUUCGGGACGUUCCCGGGGCUGCUGGCGGACGAGGUGGUGCUGAAGCGCCGCGGGAACCUGCUGGUGAUCUGUGCCCUGCUGGGCCGGGCACUGCCUCCCUACAAGCUCUACUUCCUGCUGGGCUACGCUGAGACCCUGCUGGGCCACUUCUACAAGUGCCCCGUGCGCCUGGAGCUGCAGACCGUGCCCGCCCGCGUGCCCUACAAGUACCUCUAGGGCUGGGAUAAACCCAUAAACUUCUUACUGGGAAUGUCUCAUAAACAUCCCUAAAGGAAUGCUCUGGGAUGUCCUCACUGUGCCCUACAAGUACCUCUAGGGCUGGGAGCAAACCCAUAAACUUCUUACUGGGAAUGCCCUAUAAACAUCCUCAUGGAAUGCUCUGGGAUGUCCUCACUGUGUCCUACAAGUACCUGCAGGGCUGUGAAUAAACCCAUAAAUGUUCCACAGCAGUGCCCUAUAAACAUCCUCAUGGAAUGUUCUGGCAUGUCCUCACUGUGCCCUACAAGUGCCUCUAUGGCUGUGAAUAAAACCUAUAAACAUUC